AUGCUCGGUAUCGUCGAAAACUACACCAUAUCAGAUUGGCACGUCGACAUGACGCAAGCCAAAGAAAUUGGCAUCGACGGUUUCGCCCUAAACUGCGCCCCAGCCCGCAUCGACAACUACACCCCCAAACAACUUGCAAACGCCUACCAAGCAGCUCAAGACCUCAACUUCACCGUCUUCAUCUCCUUUGACUUUGCGUACUGGUCCACGGCCGACACCGCGGAAAUCACCUCCAUUGUGGGCAACUACAGCGCGCACCCGGCCCAGGCGCGGUACGACAGUGGCGCCAUCGUGAGCACCUUUGUCGGCGACAACAUGAACUGGACCGCGGUGAAGAAUGGCAUGCCGCCCGGACAGAAGGUUACUGCUCUCCCUAUGAUUCAGGAUCCUGCAUGGCUUUCUGUUGCAAAUACGGGCCUCGAUGGCGCGUUUUCGUGGUAUGCGUGGCCGACGGAUGGGGGUAAUAGUAUCAUUCCCGGUCCCAUGACGACGAUUUGGGACGACCGGUAUCUAGCAAACUUGGGGAGUCGUCCGUACAUGGCUCCCGUUUCGCCCUGGUUCUCAACUCACUUCAACACCAAGAAUUGGGUCUUCAUCACGGAGGAGCAGCCCACCAUCCGCUGGGAGCAAAUGCUUGCUAUGAAGCCUGCACUCAUUGAGAUCAUCAGUUGGAAUGACGACGGCUCCUCCGCCUGGGCAACCGGCUUCCCCCACGACGCCUGGCGCACCUUAAUGAAGCCCUACAUAGCAGCCUACAAAUCCGGAGCUGACAAGCCCACCGUUGUCAGUGACGAGCUGGUCUACUGGUACCGCCCAACGCCCAAGAAUACGGUAUGCACAAACGACACCCUCGGCGCCCCCAACGGGAUCCAGUACCUCGCCGACGUGGUCUUCGUGGCCACGAUGCUUACGCAGCCCGCCACGCUCACCGUCACCAGCGGCGGCCAGGCGCCGGUCACGGUGCCCGUCGGCGCAGGGAUUCAGAUCACCAACUUCACCAUGGGCAUCGGGGCCCAGAAGUUCUCAGUAGCCCGGAACGGGGUUCCGAUUCUUGGGGGCACGAGUAGCAAGGAGAUUAGCGAUGCUUGUCAGAAGUAUAACUUCAACGCCUUUGUGGGCUCUUUCGCAGCCUAA